CCUGGGGAAGGUGGGGGUCCAUGGAGGUCAGACUGAGCUGCAAGGAGCCCAGGGGCCAAGGGAAAGGGGUCCUUAAUAUCACCAGGUGUCCUGGGAGAGCCACAGGGCUGCAAAGAAGCUGACCUGCUGGAAGGGGGUUCUGGGCAGGCCAGAAAGGCCUCCCUGGCUGGCGCCUCUGUCCAGCCCUAGUCCCGCCCGGCCGCACCCCUGACUCACUUCCUUUGCAAGGAACGGAAACCUCCCCAGAGCUUCCUCUGCUCCAGACGCUUUCUGGGGACCCGCAGGUGUCGCUGCCUACUCCAGGCCUCAGCUGGCCCAGGAGGCCCCUGUACCACCCAUCUCUCUCUAGGGAGGACAACAUUUCCUGCUUCCUGCUCCAGCCAGAGCUGGGGAACACUGAGCUGCAGGGAACGUGACCUGCAUGCCGAGCGCAGAUUCUGCGCCAUGGACUGCGGCCAGCCCAGCUUGGAGUCCGCAGCCACGGACCCCAGAGCCUCAGGCCCUUGCGUGAUUGCUCCGGUGCGCGCUGUGCUCCGCCUACGCCGCCGUGUGUGGCUACUGCGCAAGCGGCGUCUCCUGCAGCUGGGCUCUGGGUCCGACACUGGGACCGGGGCGCUCAGGCCUGGCUGCGGCUCUGGGUCCCUGCGCGGGGAGCUGGACCAGCCGAAAUUCUUCACCUUCGAUGGCCCGGCGGAGCUGUCCUCCAGGACGCUGCGCAAGAGGCGCCGGCGCAGCCGCGUGGUGCUCUACCCUGAGGCUUCGCGCAAAUACCGACCUCGCGCAGAGCGCCGGAGCCGCGCACAACGAUGCCUGCUGCUGCUCGCAGCCAUCGUGGGUUUCCAGGUUCUCAAUGCCAUUGAGAACCUGGACGAUAACGCUCAGCGCUACGACCUCGAUGGGCUGGAGAAGGUGCUACAGCGAGCUGUGUUUGGCCAGCCGGCCGCCGUGGGCCGCAUUGUAGCGCUGUUGCGGGACUAUCUGGCCACGCAUGUGCAUAGUCGCCCGCUCCUCCUGGCACUGCAUGGGCCCAGUGGCGUAGGCAAGAGUCAUGUAGGCCGCCUCCUGGCACACCACUUCCGCGCGGUGCUCGAGGACAGCGCACUCGUGCUGCAGUAUCACUCACGGCAUCACUGCCCACAGCCGCGCGCUGCGCAGGACUGCCGGGAGGAUCUGGCGCGGCGUGUGGCUGAAGUGGUGGCACAGGCCGAGGCGGAAGAGAAGACCCCUCUCUUGGUAGUGGACGAGGUGGAGCUCCUACCGCCAGCGCUGCUGGAUGAGCUAGACGGCUUCAUGCAGCCGCAGCGUUCGCACCACUUUCACAAUGCCAUCUACGUGCUCCUUAGUGGCACAGGUGGCGCGGAGAUCACCCGAUUUGUAUUGCAGAACGCCUCCCGCGCGCAGCCCCUGCGUCCUGACAGAGUCCGUGGUGCUCAAGCCGCUGCAGAGGAGUCCGAGGAGGAACUGCAUGCCAGUCUUCGGGAGCUCCUGGCCCGCGAGCACCCACUGUGGCAGGCUGCGGCCAUCGUGCCCUUCCUGCUGUUGGACAAGCAGGACGUGGUCAACUGCUUCCGGGAUGAGAUGGCCGGGGAGGGCUUUUUUCCUGAGCAGGCUCGCGCAGAGCUCCUGGCCUCACAGCUCAGCUACUACCGUGUUGCUGGCCGUGAGUUUGCUAUCACUGGCUGCAAGCAGGUGGUAGCCAAGGUGAACCUUUUGUAGCAUAGGCGCACACACUGUGUUGGUGCAGCAGGAGGAGUUUGGGUGUGUGUGACCUGUGGUCACUAAGCUGCUUCACCCUGGAAGCUGGGGAGGCUGGCAGAGGUGUCUCAGCUCCGUGCUCCCAAUUUCCAGUUCCACCCCAGAACCCUGAGUUUGUCCCUGGGGUCAUCAGGAGAGUAGCCACCUUCCUCCACACCUGCUGUGCCCAGCACAUCCCAGGCCUGUAUGAUAGGGUUUUGUUAGCAGCCCUAGGAGGUGGGCCGUCCGCUCUCAGGGUACAAAAGACCUCAGAGGGCAAGCAGCCCCUAGGGCCACACAGCUAAUCCCUAAGGUCACAGAGUUGGGAUGUGAACCCAGCUCAAUGGGUGCUUGCUGCAGCUUCCAUAACCCCCAAAUACACCCAGUGGCCCCCUGCACACCUCUUGGGCUUAGGGGCCCAAGGGCCAUGAAAGCAUUGGAGCAGUUGGGUGUCUCCACACCAAUGAGUGAUCCCAGAUGCUCUGGAUGAUUCAGGCUGACAGUGGUAGUAGGUGGGCCUAAAUGAGGGGCCCUGAACUCUUUGGCUCCUACUGUCCUGGCCACUGAGCCCGGGCCACUGAUCCACUCCAGGGCCCUGAACUGGGAAAGAUGGCUAUACAGAGAUGCCUUGGAUGCAGCUAGAUGUGCAGAGCCGUGGCCCUGGAUUCUUUUCCCAGGUGGAGUGGAGGGGGUCCCUUACAUCCUGGCCCCUUCCUGGCCUGCAGGCUCUGGAGAUGACACCCCGUGGACUCCACAGCCAGCACUUACAGCAGUGAGUGAAAGAAGUCCUGCUGUUUACACCCGCCUCCCCUCCAGGAGCCAUAUUUCCAGGAUCAACAGGCUUGCGGGCUUGGCUAUCUAGGGAGCAGUGGAGGGAAGGCGCCUCAGCAGAUCCUGCCCCCUGCUGGCUGAGUCUACCGUGCGGACCCUUUCUGCGCCUUGCUGUGGAGGUGGCUUGUCCUUGGUAGUAGAGGCGUCUGGGCACCACGGUUGUGCACCUGUCUUCCCCUCCUGUCCACCAGACCGCUCAAGACCGGAAUGCUCCGCCUCCCGGACUCCUCCCUCGGUGGGCGUUCGCAGCGCCCGACUUAGUUCUGGAGCGGCCUUAGUGCUGCCACCUGGUGUCCGCGCCCAGUUCCGCCUCGGAGUCUGCGGGCCGCACUCGCCACCAACCCUGUCCCAGAGCGCGCCGCAGGGAAACUGGAGCAAGGACUAGCCGGUGGCAGGAGGGGUCCAGCAAAGUGGCAGGGCCGCCCUUGUGAAGCACGGCCAUGCACGCGCGCACCCUGGUCUUAGUUCAACCACGUCUCCAGGGACACCUUCUCCGAACCGUGACCACGGAGUCUAAGGUGUCCUUAGAAGGGUUCGCUGCUUAAGUGGUCACCCGAGCAUGCUGGGUUACUGUCCCUCUUCCAACUCGCCCUGGCGGCGGUCUGCGGGCUUGGGCACUUGGAUCUGGGUAGAUUCGAGCCUCUCAUAACACUGAGCGAGGGCUUGGCGCGGGGAUCUGGGUUGCACUGGGUGGUAGGACCUCUGCUCCUGAUGCUUGUGGGGUGGGGUGGCCAGCUGUGGGAGCCCAGGACUGGCUCCAUCUAUCCUAGCCCAACUUGCAGGAGACAGCUUGCAGCAGGACGUCCAGCUGGGCAGUCCAGUGACCUGCAUUGAUGCUUCAGGGGUGUGUGAGAGCUGCUGAGCCGGAGGCCAUGUCCAGCCUGGGCAGGAGUGCUGUUGGGGUCCUCACCACUCCCCAGAAGGGCCCCCAGGACCAUCACCACCACCCACCACCCCUGCCCACACACAGCACUCAGCCACAGGUGUGGCUUGCCCAGCCAAACAUGGCCUGUUCCCAAUCAGCAGCACCUGACAAUCCAAGCAAUCUUAUUUUAUUUAUUUAUAAAACAUUACAUGGAGGCUAAUUUCUGUGCUUAAGCGGAAUGUGCAGAAAAUGUCGUGGGGCUGGUUGUGUCACACCUGUUAAUAAAUCGUGUGGCUCAAAUCUAA